AUGCAAGAAUCAACUUCUUCGUCCCGCUAUUUUAUUCCGCUAAUCAUAAGAGUAUCUGUAUGCCGUCAAGAUAACAGUAAUAGCCGUCCACGGGACCAAAGUACGGUGUCAGAGUCUUCAAAGAGAUUUCGGACAGAGUUCUUAGAAGACUGGCCACAAGCUCCUGGUUCCCCUUAUUUCGAUCCCAGUACACCUGACAACGUCACCGGUCUAGUUGGACAUCCAGUGACACUUCUAUGCAAAGUGAAGAAUCUACAAAAUAGAACCGUAUCAUGGGUCCGGCAUCGCGACAUCCACUUAUUAACAGUUGGUCGCUACACGUACACAUCCGACCAGCGCUUCGAGGCGCAGCACAAGCCGCGCUCCGAAGAAUGGGCACUGCGCAUACGCAGCCCUCAACGUCGCGACUCAGGACAAUACGAGUGCCAGAUAUCUACCACACCACCUAUUGGACAUGCGGUUCAUCUUAUUAUUGUCGAACCCGAGACUGAGAUUAUGGGGGGCCCAGACUUGUUUAUAUACGCUGGCUCUACGAUAAAUUUGACGUGUAUUGUCCGACAUACACCGGAGCCACCUAAUACCAUAAAUUGGACGCAUAGAGGGAAGACGAUAAAUUUCGACUCAACGCGCGGUGGUAUCUCCCUUGUCACGGAAAAGGGCAUACACAGUAGUAGCAGACUGCUAGUGCAAGCAGCACGAACAUCAGAUGCAGGCUCGUAUCAGUGUGUACCAGAUAACGCACUAUCAGCUACAGCGAGAGUUCAUGUCUUAACUGGGAGAAAGUCCCUGAUGACCCCGCCAGACCUUGGCAGCCACGCCGAGUCGAGCCUUCUGAUAUUAGAAUUGCAUAUAUAUGCUCCAACAAAUCAAAAUGAUAUCUACUGA